GUUAUGAGGACGGCAGGAUGGAGUUCCCAGACCACAGCAGACAUUUACUCCAGUGUCUGAGCGAGCAGCGGCACCAGGGCUUCCUGUGUGACUCCACGGUGCUGGUGGGCGAUGCCCAGUUCCGGGCCCACCGCGCUGUGCUGGCCUCCUGCAGCAUGUACUUUCACCUCUUCUACAAGGACCAGCUGGACAAGAGAGACGUGGUGCACCUCAACAGCGACAUUGUCACAGCCCCGGCCUUUUCGCUGCUCCUGGAGUUCAUGUAUGAGGGCAAGCUGCAGUUCCAGGACCUUCCCGUAGAGGAUGUGCUGGCAGCGGCCAGCUACUUGCACAUGUAUGACAUUGUCAAGGUGUGUAAGAAACGUUUGAAGCAGAAGGCCACGACGGAGGCAGACAGCACGCGCAGAGAAGAAGAUGGCGGGUCCAGCUGCUCCGAUAAGGCUGAUAGUUUAUCAGAUGGUUCUACGGGCCGGCCCGCUACUGCCGACCUGCUGCACAGUGACGAAGAGGAGGAGGUGAAGGCCGAGGGAGGACCGCUGUGGCUGAGGCUGCCGUCAGCAGACAGACCAGGGACCCCAGCCAUGGCUACAACCAGCCCAGGGCGCGGCGAGGUGGAGAUGCAGAGUGGGGAAGGGCUUGGGGAGGGAGGGAAACUGCUCUCCCCAGCCGGCAGCCCCACCAGCUCCACCGGAUCCCUCUCACAGAGGUCCCACCGCUCCGUGAGUUCUCGCGGAGGACACAGGGGCAGGAGGGUGUCAAAUGAUGCGGCCGACUGCGUCCUGGAUCUGUCAGUCAAGCCGAUUGCCGGUAGCAACCACAGUAACCACCAUCAGUCCUACUUUAGCGGGGCAGCUACACCAGACAGCCUCCAAAGCCCAUUGGCUGUGAGGGUGAAGGUGGAGAGGGGCGUGGCUUCAGACGAGGAAGAGGAACUGGGAGGAGGGGACUACGACAUGGAGCACAGCGGCAUCACCAAGGCGACGGUUCCCAGCGCCAACGGGGGCCUGACCCACCACAGCGUCGGAGGGCCUCUGUCGGCCCAGCGGCGGCUCGGCCUGGAAGCGCACCUGUCGGCUCUGCGAGAGGCCUCUCUGGCCUCAGAGCUGGAGCGGGACGAGAAGCCUUCGGCCACAGCGGACGACGAGGACAUACUAGGGGGCGAAAAUGAGCGCGCCCAGGCAGAGGCGGCCAGCAUGGAUAGUUCCCUGCUACCCUACGUCUCUAACAUGCUGUCAGCUCAACACACCCAGAUCUUCAUGUGCCCGCUGUGUAACAAGGUUUUCCCCUCCCCGCACAUCCUCCAACUUCACCUCAGCUCCCACUUCAGGGAGCAGGAGGGCAUCCGCUCCAAGCCCGCUGGAGACGUCAACGUGCCCACCUGCACCAUCUGCAGCAAGACCUUCUCCUGCAUGUACACGCUGAAGCGCCACGAGCGGACACACUCCGGUGAGAAACCCUACACCUGCACCACCUGCGGCAAGAGCUUCCAGUACUCACACAACCUCAGCCGCCACGCAGUGGUGCACACGCGUGAGAAGCCGCACGCUUGCAAGUGGUGCGAAAGGCGCUUCACGCAGUCCGGGGACCUCUACCGACACAUUCGCAAGUUCCAUUGCGAACUGGUCAACUCGCUGUCAGUGAAGAGCGAACCGCUGGCACUGCCCAAUGUCAGGGACUGGGCGAUUGAGGACAGUUCCCAGGAACUGUGGAAGUAGAAACAGACUGCUGGGUUUGAUAAAGGGAAAGAGAGCGGAGAGUGAAAGAAGGGCAGAGAGGCAUGGGGAGGUGAAAGGGAGGUGGCAAAGUUUGAUAUUCGGGGUUCAAGUGAGUCAUGUUCUUGUGUGUCGCAAAAUCUCAUUCAAUUGCACUUUAAUAGCACAUGAAAAUGUUACUACUGAGUUUUUUUGUUGUUGCUGUUUGGGGUAAUUUUAUUUUAUUCUGAACUCUAUUUUUAUUUGGCAUAAGUUCUGUUCGGUGGUUUUAUUGCGUCUGAGGACGUGGGUCCCAGUGAGAAUGUCUCGCCUUUUUCAAGAGUUUCCACUCUGUUUCAUCUCAGACACAACACUCCGACGCUGGCCAGCGUAUCGGUCCCAGAUCCACAGACAGCAAAACACCACUGCAGGAGUUCAGGUCGAACACACUGAAGUGAAAAAGCAUUACAAUACACUAAACGGGUACUGUGAUCACCACAAGUCGAUACCACCACACACACACCGUUUGAAGAAGUGUGUGUGUGCGUGUGAUGUGUGCUGUGUGGGUUUGUGUGUGUGUGUGGUGGU